CUAAUAGCAGGUAUUAUAAUUAGUGUUUGUCACAAAGAUGGAUGCAAAGUUGACCAGUGGCAGAUUUACAACGAAGCUGAUUGUGUGUUUUUGGCCAUAACAGUAGUCGUUCUUUGGAUAUCUUCCAAAAAAUAAGUCAUCAUAAAACAAUAACAAUUAGUACAGUAUUAAGUGCCAACGUCACUUAAGUGGAGCUAAAUGACAGACUGGACGUUCAACACCUCAGCAUUCUUUUUUUUUUUUUUUUGGUCCACUAAAUUAGAUUAACGCUGUUAAAAUGCUUGUAGGUCAUCUGUUUGGAGGGAUUAGUGAAAGAUGUCAUUUUGAAGUCCUCUGACAAAACCAUCGAGACUGUUGAGAUUUGAAAGCAAAGUGCGAGUUUAAGGCAGCUGGAGGAGGCUGAGAUGACUGAGCACCACCUGACUGGGGAGGAACACGUCCAGCUUCACAACCUUGUCCAAGAAGAAGUCCAGCACGCACAUCAAAGUGUCAGAAAUACAUUGGAGGAGAAGGGAUAUACUCCAGCAUCCUUCAUCCCCAGCGUGGAUGAUCCUGGGUGUCAGACAUGGUUGCCAGGAGAGAAGAUGCCGGGUAACGAUGGCGAGGCGACGUUGUAUGUUCUGAUGGGGAACGCCAAGGCAACGGAAUACUUUGCAAACCGCAAAUGUUUCCUGAGGCCGCCCAGAUCAUCGGCUGGGGUUUGCUUGGAGAAAAGGUUUAACGUCUUGUGUGGUGACACCCCUGUAGCUUCUAACAAUGCGGUGACACUGGAGCAGCAAACAUCUGAGGAGCAAGUCUUGUUUUCUCCGAUGCGGCAGUGGAUGACCUCGGAUGACGGAGAGAGUGUGAGGAGCCCUGUUUGUUUUUCAUCAAAUUGCUACCCUGAGUCAGCUGUUAAAAAUUCUCACGCUGCUAGCUUCCAAAAGCCUGAGGAUCUAGCAUGUGCUGCCUGCGGGACGUAUGACUCCCAUCCUCAAGAAGCUACCGUGUCAGGAAGAACUACAAGGAAAACAGCUGCCAGACGGUCUGUUCAGUCACCAGGCGGGCGACUAGAAAGAAGAGAACGACACAACAGCAAAGAAAGGCUGCGCAGGAAGAAGAUCCGUUCGUUGUGUAACGAAUUGAACACUUUGGUGCCGUCCUGUACAGCUGACACUGACACGGUCAACACACUGCAGAGCACCUGUACCUUCCUGAAAUACAUCAAAACCUUGUAUGGAGACAACUUGACAUCAGUUAGUCGCAAUGAUCAUUCGACUGAAGAAUGAUGAUCAUUAGGCUAUUCUCUCAUCUUGAAACUUGUCUAUAUCUUUAUUUGGUCAAGUCCUUUCAGCUUCGUACAACAAAGUGUGUAGUUAUAUUGCUAAGUGCUAUUUUCUAAUACUCUACAGGGUUUUCAGAUGUUUACUAUUAAAACGUUUGGUGAAAGCUUAGAACAACAGAUGGAUCAUACAGUGAGUGUUCCCCUUAUCAAAAAAUGACUUCUUCCAAAUAUUGUGAUAUUAGUCAAACAAUUAACACGUUAAAUAUUUGUUUCCUGGAGUUCAACAUGUUAUGUCUGUGAAUUUUCACUCCAUAUUUAAGUAUUGGCUUAGCAAGCUUUCCUUCCAGUUGGAUUGCUAUUUCCUGUUACUGUAAAACGCAUGCUGUUCAGUCCAUAUGUAGAGAGCAGUAACAUUUUCCUGAAAAGUGGCUUUAUUUGUUCUUUCUUACAACAUGUCGCUGUAUCAUCUUACUGUACAUACAACAGAUACCCACAAAUAAUAAAUAGUAUUUAAAUGGUUUAUGUAAUAGUUACAGCACCGCUAGCACAUAGUGGAUGUGGUCAUGGUAGAAUUCAACUUUGAAAAAAAUAACUGCACCCAAGGUUAUUGAAUUUAUUUUAAAGUGUCUAGAUUUCUUCACCCACAUGUUUUAUUUGGCAUUUGAUUCUUGAGAUUCAACUGUUGAAAAAUAAACAAACUACUGUAAAACUUUAAAAACAAUAAAAAAU